AGGUGGCCAUUUUUCUAAUUAUCAACUUUGUUUUCACCUUCCUAGCAUAAUGGAGUACAUUAAUUAGAUUCGGCCCCUUUACUGCCUAUACUACAUGUAGAUAACCACGUGAGACCAUCAAACACGAGUGAAACUAGUUAUUUUGAAUUCCGCACUGAAUUCAGGACGUCGCAGUCUCAUUAAUUUUAAUCGAGUCUGUGUAGGAUAGCAUGGAGAAGAGAAAACUGGGGUGGGUGAUCCUCAUUUGUGGUGUUGUUAGCUUUGAGAUAGCCGUGCUUUUACAAUCUUAUAGACAAGAGGAGGAACAACUACCCAAGAUGGCAAUUGCAUUUCAAGACACUGACCUGAUAUCACAUCAACGAAACAGUUCCUUCAUGUCUCGUUAUUCCCCGACAGAUGGAGUGAUCAUUCUGACCUAUGUCCGCAGCGGGUCGAGCCUUGUAGGUCAACUUUUCAACCAGAAUCCCAAUGCCGUGUAUUUCUACGAGCCUCUUCGUUGGAUAAAGGAGUCUCUAGAACAGCCGUCCAUCUAUACAUAUUCUAAUAAUACUCAAAGAAAAAUAUCGGGGACCCAUUCUCAGAGAGAAAAAGAUUUCAUUUAUGCUGACGUCAUAAAGAAACUGAUCACGUGUGAGGUGCAUGACGUACCGAGCACUGUAACAUUGCUUAAAAAAUACAACGUUUACAAUUUGUUAACUUUAAACCAACAGAAAGCUUUAAAAGAUUAUGAAAACUGCGCUUAUAUUCGCGUACGGGGAAAACAACCAAACUGCAUGACCAAGAUGAAAAAUGUUUGUGACAACUCCACUUUGAAAGUGAUGAAAUUAGUGCGAUUGUCCAUGAAUGCAGUGGAACCAAUUUUGACCCAGCUUCCCAAUGUCAAGGUCAUCCAUCUUCUCCGUGACCCAAGGGCAUCCUUAUUGUCGAAAAAGAAAGCUGCUCUUUUUAAGUGCAAUCUGGAUUGUGAAGUCGAUCAGCGUUGCAACAAACAAUUAUUGCCUGAUAUUACACAUGGAAAGGUUUUGGAGGCAAAAUAUCCAGGGCGUAUUAUGCAAAUUAAAUAUGAGGAUCUUGCAGCUAAACCUUUAUACUGGAGCACAAAAAUAUAUAGUUUUAUAGGACAAAAACUACCACCUGUUGUAGAACACUGGAUUCAUAGAGCGACGUCUUCCUCUGAAGAAAAUGGAACUUACGGAACGAAAAGACAAAACUCUUCAAAAACAGCGCAUAAGUGGGAGACGGAGAUAGGUUUCGAAAUGGCAGAAAAAGUUGAUGUUGUAUGUAAAACCGUUUUAGAUCUUCUGGGAUAUGAACCAUAUUUAGAUAUUUAUAAUAAAAAUAAAAGAAGUAAUGUGUAAUACAAUAGAAAGUGUGUAUUAUGUGAACGUGUCAUAGGGUGCAUUCCCAGAGAUUUAGAUCG